ACAACACCAAAACAAAAACAAACUGCGGCUGCUCUGAGGUGUGUCUUGUAAAAGCAGCGGCUCUUACAGCCGGAUCUCCUCUUAGAUGACAUCGCAUCAGUGCACAGAAGGGAGAAAACGGGAACUUAAGUAUUGAUCUCAUUACACUCGUAAUGAUUAAAAUCAGUACAAGCGGUACGGAUACGGAUCGAUCCCCCACAACUAGUUAAGUGAUUGUGAUCUUCUACAGAAAUGUUGCUCAUAUCUGUUUUCCUUUGCUUUUCGGUGAUCUGGACUUCACUUUCAAAAGAUCCAGAUGAGGUGAUCACAGUGAAGCAGGGAGAGGACGUCACUCUCGAGUGUUGGGGUUUUGCAGAUGCUCCCAUCGAGCUGCUGGAGUGGAGCAGACCUGAGCUGACAGACUACGUGUUUUACUACAGAGAGCAGCGCUCCUAUGAAAACUAUCAGCAUCCGUCUUACAAAGGCCGGGUGAAGCUGAGAGACCCGGAGAUGAAGAAUGGAGACGUUUCAGUGAUUCUAAAGGAAGUCACCUUCAAUGAUGCGGGCAGAUAUGAGUGUUUGGUUGGAACGAGGAGAACGAGAGACAAGUGGAGCUCCAUCAGUGUCAGGGUGGAACAGACUACUAAAGAUACCUCGGGUGGAGGAAACACUGAGAGAGAAAACAGGGAUGUUGGAGGGAACAUGAAGAGAGAAAAGUGGCGUGUUCCACAGAUAGCAGCCAUAGUGAUUACAGUGAUUGUAGCAACCACACUGAUUUUACUGAUUGGGGCAGUUGUUGUUGUGGGGGUACAGCAGGUUCCCUACUAAUGGGAAGGUUGGUGGUUUGAUCCUUGUCUGCUCCAGUCUGCAUCCUAAAUAUCCUUGGACAAGACUCCGAAGUUGCUCUCAGAUGCAGUCAUUGGAGUCUAAACGUGUGUGAAUGUUACAUAGAAAGCUUAGAUAGAAAAAGUAAAGUAAAGUAAAGUUUGGAAUACCGUUUGAGGUACUGGAAAAUGUCUGUUUGGUGCCAAACAGCUAAUGUGGCUAAUGUUUUCUUUUUCCUCUAUUUUAAUAAUGGUACAAACACUAUGUGCUGUAUUUGUCAUUGAACACUUAACAACUCCAUGAGAUAUAAUAUUUUAUAAGAAGUUAAUAUAUUUUCAAGUGUUUUAUACUCUGAGCAGCAUGAACAGGAACUUGAAUUAUUCUGUAUUUACUUCCUGUUAUGAUAAAAAAAAAAAAGUACACGACUGUCAGAAUCUGAACUCAAAAUUAAAAAAAUCUUGACUUGAA